AUGAGUAAGAAUCACAUAUUCUCAAAGAGUAUUAACAUAAUAAGAGAUCAUCAAUAUGAAUACAAGCCAUCUCAAUAAUCAGGUCAGAAACAGGAAGGUAGGAGAGAAUCUGAGGAAGAGAUUGGCAACGUGCAUUCCACUUAAAUUUAGAAAAAGGCGAUUUCUAAGAAAGUAAUAAUGAUCUAAAAUUCUGGUCAAUCAGGAAGACUUCAGCCUUAGCAAGUGAAUAAGAGGAAGGGAAUUCUGAACAUUACUAAGAAGGAUGAGUAAUAAGUAAAGCAAGGGGGCUCAUAUUCAAUAUUUAUUAGAAAUUUGAAAGAAAAUACUAGCUAACAGGAUCUCAGAGAAGUAAUUGAUGAUGAUGCCAAUAUCUUAGGAGUUAGUAUAAACAAUAAACAGGCGACAAUCACAUUUUCAAAUUAGGCUGCAGCUGAGAAUGCUAUAGAAUUGAUUAAUAACUGCAAGGAAAGGAAUUCAGAGAUGAGAGCGGUGCCAAAUUUCAAAUAGAAUGACAAAGUCAUAGUGAUAGGACAACAUUCGGAUAAAAACAAGGAUGGGAGAUUGAGAAUGGAUGCAAGAGAGUCUAUAUUUGAUCGUAUUCAGAUAAAGAAAUGAUAAGUGCAGUUUUGUUUGUUCAGAUAAUUUAAUUAUUAUUU